AUGUUACAUAAUCGAAUCCUUUUUUAUCCGACUGGUGCUUUUCCUCUUUUAAAUGAAAGCAUUAUUUUAAUUAAUGGUAAAGUAUAUGCUACCUAUAAUGUUAUUAAGAAUGAACCACAUAUGCUUGGAAAUUUGGAAGAACUUUAUCCAAAUUUACCCGAUGGACUUUUAUCUGGUAUCCCAGCAACACCAGAUUUCUCUCUAUAUUAUAUGCUAACUGCAAAUUUAUGUAAAUCUUAUAUUUUAAAUUUAAAUUUAAAAUUUAAAGCCUUUGUUUACAACACACAAACAUUCCGAUUAGUAAGUACCCAAACAAUUGGUCAAUUUAUUGAAUGUGAAAAAACGGGUGUUAAUUUGCUUUUACAACAAUUUAAUUCGUUUAAUGCUCCAAUACCAACUCAAUUUGUAAAAUUUUAA